AUCAAUAAUUCACAUUCCUAGCAUCUUUCUGCCUUUCCGCCGCUCGCCUCCCCUCCAUAUAUAUCCAUCCUCCUCUAUACUGACAGGCUCGCCCACAACGAACAGCCCUCCCUGUGACUCUGCGAGCGAGCGAGCGCGCACACACACAGACUGAGCGGCGGCGGCAGAGGACAGCGCGAGGGGAGAAAGAGAGAGAGAGAGAGAGAGAGAGAGAGAGAGAGAGAGAGAGAGGGGGUUGGAUCGGCUGCCGGACGACUCGACCGGCCGGCCCGGGAAGUAAGGGAAGGGAAGGGAAAGGAUCGAUGGAUCGGCUGCCGGAGUCGACCCGGGGCAGCACGAUGCGCAAGUACGCGUCGGAAGCCGGCGGGCUGCGCGCGGCGCGGCAGGGCCCGCACGGGCGGUCGCUGACGGCGCGCACGGCGCACAACAUGUCGGCGGCGGCGCUGCGCAAGAAGUCGGACGCGUCGCUGGUGCGCAAGGUGCCGUUCGCGCCGCUCCGCCCGGUGCUCGCCAACCUGCAGGAGGUCUUCCUCGGCACCAAGCUCGCCGUGCUCUUCCCCGCCGUGCCGCUCGCCAUCGCCGCCCAGUGCGCCAACUUUGGCCAGGUAUGUUAUAUGAUUUUACCUCUGUGUUUUUUUUUUCUGAAUCGGCCGUGCUUACGAUUCGAUUAGCAGCCGUGAGGAACGUUAACGGGGCAGGGCAGUGGGCGGCUCCUGAACGCGACGUGCGGCAACGCCACGGAGCUCAUCAUCGCGCUCUUCGCGCUCAUGGAGGGCAAGAUCGAGGUCGUCAAGUGCUCCCUCCUCGGCUCCGUCCUCUCCAACCUGCUGCUCGUCCUCGGCACCUCCCUCUUCUGCGGCGGCGUCGUCAACCUCGGCUCCGACCAGCCAUACGACAGGACGCAAGCGGACGUCAGCACGGGCCUCCUCAUCCUGGGCGUGCUGUGCCAGUCGUUGCCGCUCAUGCUGCGCUACGCCGUGAGCGCCGGCGAGCACUCCGUGGCAGCCGACACCACGGGGCUCGACCUCUCCCGCGCAUGCAGCCUCGUCAUGCUGCUCGCCUACGUCGCCUACCUCUUCUUCCAGCUCAAGACGCACGCCCAGCUGUUCGAGCCGCAGGAGGUCGCGGACGAGGACGGCGAGGCAGAAGAGGACGAACAGGCGGUCAUCGGAUUCGCCAGCGGCCUCUUCUGGCUAGCCUUCAAGACCGUGCUCAUCGCCAUCCUGUCCGAGUACGUUGUCGGCACGAUUGAGCCUACCUCCAAAUCCUGGGGUUUGUCCGUCAGCUUCAUCAGCAUCAUCCUGCUACCAAUCGUCGGCAACGCCGCAGAGCAUGCCGGGGCCAUCAUUUUUGCUCUCAAGAACAAGCUGGACAUCACCCUCGGAGUAGCUUUGGGUUCGGCAACCCAGAUCUCCAUGUUUGUGGUGCCACUGAGUGUCAUUGUAGCUUGGAUCGCGGGUAUUCAAAUGGAUCUCGACUUCAAGCUGCUAGAGACCGGCUGUCUCUUCGUCUCAGUAAUAGUGACAGCAUUCACUCUGCAGGAUGGAUCGUCACACUACCUGAAGGGGAUCCUUCUGCUGCUAUGCUACAUUGUGAUCGGUGCAUGCUUUUUUGUUACGCGGCAACCUGCAAGUCAUGCAAACAACAAUGGUGCUGGGCUGUUGCUGCCAACUGAUACUUUGGGUGCACAAGUUGCAUAACGGUUCAAGAGUCAUGCCUGAACAAAUGAGCAUCCAAGACAGCAACGCAGUGUUCGAGUCUGAAACAGUGCGGUGCAAAGAUUGAUGCUUUCAGAAGAGACGAAAUCGGUCAGUGGCUCAGUGCUUUCGGAGAAAUGUAUUCAUCACUGCACAAAAAUCGGCAUAUGAAAAGUAUUAUUUGUGCUUGUAUUACUAUUGGUUUAGUUAGCCUAGCUGCUGUUGCAAUAAGGGUACCGAAUAUGCAUCCGGUCUAUGUAUAUGAUGGUGUCUUGUUUCAUUUAUUAUACAGCUUAAUAAGAUAUGCAGAGGGUGGAUUUGUGUAUA